AUGCAGGCCACCACCAUGGGCGACCUCUGGCUCCCUGCCCUUUCCACCGCCACCUGGAAUUCCAGUCCCACCCAAAACAAGAUCUCGGAUCAUCGCGUAGAUGGUCUUCGUCAUGCUCACGAUUUGCGGUUUCUCUGGUACCUGGCGGAUCACCAUGGAACCUCCGCUACGCUGACAGCGGAGUGGGAUGGAUGCGCUCAGAAGCCGGUGUAUGGAGACCCUGCCUUUCAUCGUCUGCCGCGUGCUCGUCUGUUUCGGCAGUCUCGAGCUCGCAUGGGGCUUGCAAAUAUGUCCAUGGAGCCGGUUUCUUCCACUAAGUUUCCAUGGCUCUUGCCGAAACGUUUGUUAACUUACCUGAUCACGUUUGAUCUGAUGGCGAUCGCCUAG